GACGACGCUUCUACCUGCUACCGCAAUCCAUUGCUUCUGUCCUGUGACUCUACACAGUAACCCGCCGAUCCACCUAUAACUGCGGCUCCGGGCCAUUCUGCGCUCCCGGUUGAUUUGUGCCCCUGCCAGGCUAACUCAGACCUCGGACCGGGCCACGCCGGCGCUAGAGGAGACGAUGGAUUGGGCAUGGAUCGCGCUCUACCUCUGCAUCCUCCUCGCAUCGGCCGCCGUGCUCUAUGAUCAGUUGACGAAGCGAAUCCCGUCACGGCUGCGAGCAGAAGAGGCGCCCAAGAGUGCAUUCGGUCUUGUCAGGGCAGACGCGCUCAGCCCGCACGCAAGCACACAUGGGAUUGACAUUAUCUUCGUCCACGGCCUCGGCUCGAACCCUGACACGACCUGGGGCCUGAAAGGGACAUGCUGGGUUAGCGACUUCCUCCCUCAAGACAUCCCCGCGGCGUUCCACACAGACGUUCGAAUCUUCUUCUACAACUACGAUUCAUACUGGAAGAGGGAUGCUGUGCAGGCGCGGCUAUGGAGCCUUGGGAAGAGCUUGCUGGACCACAUAACUUCGGAGAUCCGGGGAACAGAAGAGGACCGGACGCGGAAUCUAGUAUUCGUCGGACACAGCUAUGGAGGCCUUGUCAUCAAGCGGGCGCUCAUCCAGGCAAGCACAAAUCAGACAUUUGCCAACGUGGCUGAGCACACGAGAGCUGUUUUCUUCUUGGGCACGCCUCACCGUGGCUCAAGCUUCAGUACAUGGGGAAGCAUCGCCGCCCGAGCGCUGCAGCCGCUUGGUUCAAACCCAUCACUGCUCCAGGAAGUGGAGUACGACUCCCUCCCCCUUCAAGAUCUCCAUGAAGAGUUCGAAAACGCUGUAAGUGAUAAGCUGCGAGUGGUCAACUUUUAUGAGCAGCGUAAGACACGGAUUCUUAAACUGUGGUUUCUCCAGUGGGAAGAAUGGUGCGUCCGAGAGCAAUCAGCGACAUACAGUAGAGUAGAGAACGUCGGCCUUUCUGUCGACCACUACGGCCUGAACAAGUUUGGGUCAAAGAAUGAGAACUACAAGAUUAUCCUUCGAAAACUUCUCCAGACCAUCACGCCGAUUGCAUUGCAGAAGCAGCAGCGGUUCUAUUCAGUCCCUGUUGGCACUGUGGAAAGCUAUACGGAGCGGCACAAGCUAUCUACUGCUGUCAAGGAGGGUCUGCGAGUGCACCAUCUUACGGCUACUGUUCCUUAUGCGCUUGCUAUCUACGGGCUUGGCGGGACAGGCAAGACACAGCUAGCGCUAAAGUAUGUACAGGACUACAAGGACGAGUACAAUCCUAUCCUCUGGAUCGACGCCAAAGACGAGGACUCUGUGCGGUCGAGUUUCGAGCGGUGCGCGAGCGAGCUCCAGCUGUCGGUGGACCGGACGCAGAACCAAGGCUCUAGUCUCCCAGACUCGCUAACCGUGCAGGCUGUGCUCCGAUGGCUUCGUGGCCGAAAGGAGACAGACGACGCGUGGCUGGUGAUUGUCGACAAUGCAGAUGAUCUUUCGUGGGGGGUCAAGAAGGUACUUCCAAAGGGGGAUCGUGGAAGCGUUAUCAUCACCAGCCAAGACAGCCAGUCUCGGAAGCUGGUAGAUGGGGGCUGUGAAGGGGUGUGCGUAGACACGAUGGAGCCGUUUGAAGCGCGGGGGCUUCUUCUUCGACACCUUGACCUAGUUCUUGACCUAACACCAGACGAUAUUCUAAAAGACUGCGACAAGAUAGCGGGGAAGCUCGGAUACUUGGCUCUUGCGGUUGACCUUGCUGGAGCAUACAUCGGUAACGACACGGACCAUAAGCAAGCUCUUCGACGGUAUCUAGCAGACUACGAGAAACACCGAGACGAACUGCUACAGAGGGUGAGUGAGGAGAUGAUGCCAUUUAUAUGGAGCAGCACGGGAAGGACGUACUACGGUGAAGGCCGGUGGAAGGAAGCCGAAGAGCUGUUUGUGCAAGUGAUGGAGAUGACAAAGAGGGUGCUUGGGGAGGAACAUCCAGACACUCUGACCAGCAUG